UCCGGUCGCGCAUCAUGCUUUGCUACUUGCACAUGAUAUCCGCGCCCUAACCCAAAACAACAACUACUUGCAUAUCGCCUAAAGGUCUGAUAGCUCUUAGUGUGAACACUGAGAGAGCCUAAACCGCUCCUCUGAGAGGUACACUCCCGCCGGUCCUGCGCACCUCUCGGUCACGCGGCGAUGGACUCCAUCAGCGUGGACGGCCCGUCGGCGGGCGAGUGUCAGGUACACAUCCGUCUGUGCAGCAGCCGCGAGCCGCUGGUGCUCGGCGUGGCGCGUGACGAGACCGCCGAGCAGCUGACGGUGCGCGCGGCGCGACACUGCCGCAUCGGGCCCGUGGCGCGACACCUGUUCAGUCUGUGUGACGAGGAGACGCGCCUGUUCCUGGCCGGCAGUCAGCGCGUGGGGGGCGCCGUGCGCCGGUACACCUUCCUGAUGCGCUUCAAGGUGGCGGACGUGGUGCGUCUGCGCGCGCUCGACCCGCACGCGUUCGACUACCUGUUCCACCAGGUGCGCGAGGCGUUCGUGAUGGGCACGUUCUCCAACAUACUGCGACAGAAGGAGGACGCCCUCGGCCUGGCGGUGACCGACAUGUACCGGCUGAUGCGCGAGAUGAACGUCCGACGAGAGGACGUCGAGAAGGACUACAAGUCCUUCAUCCCGCGCGACCUCGUCAAGAUGCACUCGUUCUUCCUCAAAUCACCGAUCCGUAAGCACCUCAUCAAGCUGGAGCAGGGGCCCAUCAACGACGUCAUGUACAUCAAGGAGAAGUACGUGCAGAAGGCGCUGGAGAUGUGUCCGACGUACGGAGACGAGACGUACACGGUGCAGCGCGACGAGGCGGGCGUGGUGCGCCAGUGGAAGCUGGUGGUGGACCCGUUCCACCCCACCCAGCCAGGGCUGAGGAUGAAGACCGACGGCGGCGAGAACUCCAUCCACAUAUGCACCAUCAGUGACAUCUGCUACAUCUCGCUGAGAAACGACAACAGGGUCGAGCUGGCGCGGAAAAACGGCGUACCGCAGUACUUCCGAUUCGCAUCAGAGGCCGAGAUGACGUCGUGUGUCAGCCUGCUGGACUCGUACUACCGGCUGAUGGAGAAGUGGACCUUCUGCCUGAGCAAGGACCUGCAGCUGCCAUCCCAGCUGCGCCUCAAACAGCGACGCUGCCACGGUCCCGUCGGCCAGGAGUUUGCGCACCAAAAGCUGCGCGAGAAACGGAACAACGAGCCGGGGACGUACCUGUUGCGGCAGCACUCUGAGGAAUACGACGUCAUUCUGGUGGACGUGUGCCAACCCAACUGUGAGCAGCCGCUGACGAUAGCGAUCGACGAGACCGCUGGCGGCGGGUUCCGGUGUCCGGGCGAGGAGGAGGAGCACGCCUCCAUCCAGGAGCUGCUGGCUCAGUUCUCCACCGACCACCUGGUCCAGUUCAAAGAGUGCCUGCCGCCAUCAGAACACGAUGAGAGCCCCCUACGGCUAUGUCGAGACCUUAGCUCAGACGAAGAGGCGGCCAGGCUAAAAAGCAAACAGAAAAUGGGGAAUGACCAGCCUCUGUGCAUACCGGCCAACUCGCUCAAACUAUACACAGGCCGGGCUGCCGAGGUGUACGGCCGCUACACUGUAGUUCAGCGCGCUCAGUGGCACACUAGUUCGGGCACUACCCGCCAGGUGGCAGUCAAACGGCUCCAGCAGCACCUCACCAAGGAGCACCUGCAGGACUUUAUCGACUCGGUGAGCGCGGCGCUGCAGUGGACGUGUGACGCCGUGGUGCAGUUCCGCGGCGUGUGCCUCACGCAGGCCGUCUCACUCGUCAUGGACUGGUACCCGCUCGGUCCGCUCGACUCCUACCUGGCCGAAAACAAACACACACUCAUGGAGGUGGACCUGGUGGAGGCCGGCACCUACCUGGCCAAGGCGCUCUGGUACCUGGACGAGCAGGGCGUCACCCACGGCAAACUGCGCUGCCGAAACGUGCUGGUGUCGUCCCGGGCAGAGAACAAGUUCCACGUGCGCCUGGCCGACCCCGGCCUGCGGCUCUACACACAAAACGACCUCCACUGGGUACCUGUGGAGUAUUUUGACCAGCUGCAAUCGGUGGCCUACUCCUCGGCGGCGGACGUGUGGUCGUAUGGCACCACCCUGUGGGAGAUAUUCUCCUACGGACAGACGCCGCUAGAGGGAGAGGACCUCGACAUGGCCAAACAGUUAUACCAGCGCGGCGGCCGGCUGCCGCCGCCCUCCGGCUGUCCCCGCGACAUCUACCGACUCAUGUGCGACUGCUGGCACCACAUGCCGCACAACCGGAAAACGCCACAGGCCAUCAUGCGUGACAUCAACCAGAUCCUCUACAACGUGUUCAACGCGCGACAGGUGCACGCGUACGCCACCCUGUCCAACAGUGCGUCUGUGGACAGCGGCGAGGGUGCCGGUACCCCAGUGGACGGCACAGUGACUACUCUGGGCACCGAUAACACCACAGUGUCGGCAAUAGAGUCCGUGGCGCCGCCUAUGAUUGACCUUCUGUCGGAGCCGUUCCCGGGCGGUGCUGACCUGGCCCGGGUCAUGUCACCGGAGUCGGUCGACCCCGAGGGACGCACCAGAGACCGUCUGGUCAGCAUCGGCAGGCACAAGCUGCUGAUCCCCGGCGUGCCCACGUCGCUGGGCGGCGACUCGGCCGAGCCCGUCACCCCCAUCUCGCCUCUGGAUAUGUUCGAGGAGGCGUGCCCGAGCUUCCCGCGCGUGCUGCAGCUCAACCAGGGGCAGGUGCAGCUCGGAGACCGACUCGGAGUGGGUUUCUACGGCGAGGUGUACAAGGCGGUGCUGACCCACCAGGACGGCACCUGGGAGACGGUGGCCGCCAAACGGCUCAAAAAGAAGGCCAUCAGCACGGCCGGGCUGCAGGACCUGCAGCGCGAGAUCGCCAUACUCAAGGACCUGGACCACGAGAACGUGGUCAAGAUGCGCGGCAUCGUGGACGAGCCGGAGCUGAUGUUGGUCAUGGAGUACCUGCCUCCCGGUGCGCUCAGCUCCUACCUGAAGAUGUACUGGGACAAACUCACCACGCACCGGCUACUCAAGUUCGCCAAGGAUGUGGCCAAGGGUAUGGAGUACCUGGGUGAAAAGAAGAUCGUGCAUCGAGAUCUGGCGGCUCGGAACAUUCUGGUGGCGUCCGACACGCACGUCAAGAUCUCCGACUUUGGGUUGGCUCAGGUGACGGGCGCCAACACCUACUACUACCUGAAGACCAACCGGGAGCUACCCUUCAGAUGGUACGCUCCGGAGAGUAUCCGUUACGGCAAGUUCUCGUCUCUGUCGGACGUCUGGUCGUACGGUAUCACGCUGUUUGAGAUGUUCUCGGGCGGCGAGGACCCCCAGAUUCCCAACUGUGACGACCAGAAGCUGCUGGAGACGCUGGACCGCGGCGUGCGGCUCUGCUGUCCCUCCGAGUGUCCGCUGGGCAUCUACACGUCGCUGAUGUGGCCCUGCUGGGACGAGCAGGCGCACAUGCGGCCCUGUUUCUCCGACCUCGUCCACGAGUGUGCAUCCCUGAUGCGCGAGUACUAGAGACGGAGACGACGACAGCUUUGGAGGAGGUGAAAGCACAGACAGUCAGAUGCUUUUGAGGUGCAUCUGUGCUUUUGAGUUGUCUCAAAAGCACAGCGACUAGCGGGAGCAGUCAGGUUUCUGGGGUGAUGAAGGAAGGCAGCGGCGGAGAGGUAGAUGCCCGCCUGGGAGAAGGUUGUCUAGUGUCUUUGGCGCUGAGAGCCCGAGCUGUCCGUACUGCCAUAUGCGUUUUUUUCUGUGUGCUAUAUUGUUCGAUGCUCGAGAGCUGCUGCUUUUCGUUCCGGCGCAGUGGUGGCACUGGAACUUUGAUGGAAGGAGCUGCAAACUGCUCGGGCUAUAGCCCAUCGUUUCCUUUGGUGUGGGGAACGAAGGGGCUCAUUAAAUGUGAGAUCUGCGUGCCUCGCACAUGCAGUGAAUUUGAUGCUGACGCAUUUGUGCUUUACUGGGUACUGUUGAGCGUUUUUUUUUUUUUUUUUUUUUUUUUGGCAUCCAUUAUACUAUGGAUAACGCACAGGGUUUUGCGAGAAAUGUCACGUCCGCAUUUCUGGAUAGUUUAUGCGGAGGAUUCAGCGCAUGUGAUUGACUUUGUGCGUAGUUGUACGCAGCAGCUGCGUACAACUACGCUGACUGGUGAUGUUUUUAUUGAAGCUACCCAAGUCGGUACCCAAGUUUACCAUGAUGUUGCUGGCAUCGUAAGACCAUGGUGUUGUGAACUCGGUUUAGUUAGUUGUGCAUUAGUAGUGGCUGGCGGCGCUCUUGUGAACACUAACGCGGCCAGUCUUUUGACUGACGCUGAGCCUUUUAUUAUGUGGAUAGGGGUGUGCUGGCUGCCUUCGUGAUUCGCGAAGUUACUUUGUCUACUGUGAUACUACGAAGUUGCCCUUCGUGUGCGACCGGAUGCUUUUUGAUGUGCUUCGCUGGCCUUAGUGUCGAUUUAAGGGUAGCGGUGAAAGCUAUGUCCACUCGAUGUUGAUUUAUUCGUUCAAUUAGCAGGAUGUUUUAGGUAUAUGAAUCUCUAUGAAAUACCCAGGCUCGUUUAUGUACCGUGUUGUGCCCGUGCUACUGAAUCUCUUGUCCGAACCAAUGCAUACCCGGCGGUGUCCGAGGAUACACUCCGUCUACCCCGCUCACCGCGGUCGGCCUCGUGUCCCGCUGUGCUCAAGGUCUGUCCGGGACGCCGUCAUGGCUCCACCUUCUCUGGUCUGAGGUCUGCGCGCCCGUGGCGGGCCGGCCGCCUCGUUUGUGCGCUAUUUCCGUCUUACUGCCGGGACGGUAGCCGUUCGGCGGUGGACGGGAAAUGGUCCACGGUGACGGGACCGGGCGGUGUGGGUCCCGCUUUAGGGUCCGGUGUGACGCAUCACUGGGAGACAGUGUGCGCCGAGCUACUCAACGUUAUUUGGAGGGGGCACUGGUGGCUAAAUCUUCGAUCAAAUGUCAGGUAUUCGUAUAUUUGCAUUUGAUAUGAUUUAAUUUGCGAUAGAUAUGCAUGAUAGGUAGAUGCAGUGUUACGCUAUCUGCGUCGCCGCUUUGCAAGUAUAGAUACACGAGAUAGGCGCGGGAUGCUCCAAUAUUUCCGAUAUAGCUCUUGUGAAGCGAACGUUGAGAUUAUGCUGUUUGUGGUGACUGUAACCCAUUUGAUCACAGCUCUGUCGCAUUGCAGAGGUGUUCCUAGUGAUUGACUUUUCCUGCACGCCAUUAUCAAUUUUGUUUACCUUUGGCUGUGUUUAUAUAAUAUUUUAGCCAUCGUGUAUGUAUUCACACAUUCUCGUUUUUAUGUCGCUCAAGUCGUUUUAGUCUGAUGAUUUAUCUUUUUCUAUUUUUGGCAUACAUAGAUGUACGUUAUGUAGCGUUUCUGGAAACAAAGCUAAAGACAUAAUUGCGCGCACAUGGCGUCGGUCUGCGAUGCGAAUUGUGUUGUUUUGCUGUGAUUGGCUGUUUGCCAUGCCAGGUUUGCUGUAGUCUGUCAUAGUUAAGUAUUUUGAGUGAUUCGAGUGUGCAGGUCUCCGGAGAAUCAGUGAUUACUUGACUUAAUUUGGCACCUGAUUUGCGCCGACACGAGAUAUUUUCGCAUUGCAGAAAUGCCGAGAAUAUGACUGUGAACUAGCCGGUGGUGGGUAUUGACCGGGCAUCGAGAAGAUUACAAAUAGCUACCAGUAACACGCCUUUUGGGCGACCAACGGAGCGAGCGAGAGGAUGGGCCUUGCACGUGCGACAUUGCGAGGGGGUACCUCCAACUAACUUGUGCACUGCACCCUACUAAUCGGUCUUUAGCGAUGUGCCAAAUUUCAGCGCAAUCGGCCUAGCCGUUCUCGAGAUCUGGAAGCGGCACACUGCACGUGCGCACGUGCAAGCGGGGUCCAAACUGACUUUUGCACGGCACCCUACUAACUGGUCCCCAACCGUGUACCAAAUUUGAGCGCAAUCGGCCAGGCCGUUCUCGAGAUCUGGGAGCGCCCCCUGCACGUGCGCACGUGCUGUAGCACCCCAACCUUAACACAUGCAGAUGAAUUAUCUGAUGGAGACCUAACUGUGUACCGAGUUUCAAUUCAAUCGGCCCAACCGUUGUGCCGUUAUUGAGGUUGCAAUUUUGGGGGUUCUUAAAAAAUGUCCAACUUUACCACGCGCCACGUGCGGUAGUUGGCAAGAACGCAUGGUGGCCAUCACACCACAUAACUUUUACGUCCAAGUGACAUUCAGUAAAGAAGACCGCUUGUCAAUCGGAUGUCCCGUUCCUAAGAUAUUAGCUUUUGAAGAGCGUCCCCACGGCCGGCCGGCCGGCCGGCCGGCCGCUCAUACUCAGGAUUUUCCCUUAAUUCAGUAUGAGACUCCGCUCGCUUCGCUCGCUCCGUAAUAAAUUGAUGCCUAAAUUAAUCAUUUUGUCUGGAGACCGGACGCGUCUCGUCUCGGCCUGCCGUGGCGAGUUUUGUACAGUGUCCGCGGAUUGCGCUGUCCCUAUGUUUAGUCUCCAGCGUUCGGCUUGCACCGCGUAGACCGUGACGUGCCGACCAUUUGCGAUAGCCGAGAAACUUUUCUGAUUUUCCGGCAGUUGUGUAUUGUCUGCAGAGCCGUCUGCUCAUGUCUGGAGAGUUGUCUACUGUCUGACGGUCGCAGACAGAGUGAUCACAGCGGGUCUACUGAGAUCUUCCGUCGGUGCGGCGCGCUGAGGCCCUGUGAGGCCGCCGCCGGACCGUCCCGCUAGCCGAGGGGUUAGAUAGAGCUGACGGGCCGGGGAGCCGUCCGACUGGGCAGCCCCGUGUGUUGAGUACUGACCUCCGUGACAGACUGGUCUGCCGUGCCCGGGCACCGUCGGACUUUGAGGUGAUAACGUGCGGUUCGCUGAUGGUGCCCCCAGAGUUGUGUCGAGUGCUGCUCUCGUCUCUAUUUACGAUAAAGAUUAAAGACCUUUGUGGAAUACAUCGCAAUGCAAUGA